AUGGUACCACCAGCCAAGUUGUGGGUUGUGGGUUGGAGUUACAAGGGCUUGUUUGGUCUCGUAAGCACAGAUUGUUUGUGGGCAGAGAAAACAGGGCAUGGAAAACAACUGAUGAAGAGAUUCCAAGCUGGAAAGAGCCGGGUUUAUCGGAUCCUGUCCACUGAGGAAGCAAAAACAUACAUUUAA